GAAAUCAACGACUGUCGGUAAUGGAUACCGUAGACCUGGUGGUUUUAAUGGCGGUAUGCUUGGAAGAGACGACGGGUAACGUUAAUGCUACUACUACUUAUCUAUUCCCCUUUUUUGCCAAAAUCCCAACAGUUCUAUCUGAUUCCCUCUUAAACCCUAACCCUAUGGAGUUCCUUUUUUUUCACCUAACGUCGCUCUGAUUUGCUUUCAAGGCUGUGCCUGCAGUUAAGCCCUGCUUUUACCAUGGAAAGUCUUGGAAAAUUUAGCUUCAGGGAUAUGAACCAAACCAUGAGGAAGAAGAGGAGUGAUCGACGUCCAAGAAAUGAUAUUCAGCCAGAGAAUGGCAAUUCACCAUUGUCAUCUUCUCCGCCUUCAAACAACGGAAGCAAAGGACUAAGUGAUGAUAAUGUGGGUCAUGAUACUAAUUAUCAGAGGAAAAUACUUGAUAUGGACCAGUGCAGUUCACGGGCUUCCUACACUAACCUGGCUGAUGCUGAGAUGGCCCCAGAUGUUGGUUCUGAAUUUGAAGCUCAGGAAAGUAGUGAUGAUAAGGACGCUAGUCUGGACACUAGUGAAGUCUUUGCAUCUAAUUAUAAAGACACAAAGUAUGAUACCCCCACAAGUGAUGGUCAUAAUUCUGGGUCAUUGGAAGCAGAUGCAGAUGCAGAUGCAAAGGGAGUUGAUAAUGUAGUGAAGAAAGUAAAGCUUAAAGUUGGGGGUGUAAUACGUACUAUACAUGCAAAGCCUUCAGCUGAUGUUGUUGCAUCCUUGAAGCCUCCACAACACUCCACUAGCAACCGUUUAAAGCAGAAACUGAUUUCUCAGGGGAAUCUACACGAGGAGAAGGGAAGUGGCUUGCGAGGGAUCCCAUGGAAGGAUUUCUCUGGAAGUGGUUUUUCUGUUGGGAAAGUUGAUUCUUCAAGGCGCACCAUAACGGAAGAAAUCAGAGGUAUAAAGAAUUCAGAAAAGCAUGAUUCAGUUCAUAAGAGUAAGCGCGUGCCUAGGAGACGCUUAUUAGAUGAUGGUGAUAAUGAUGAUGAUGAAGAUGAUGCCGAGUUGCGUUACCUUGCAAAGAUGAGAUUGAAAUCUGCCAAGGUUGAUGACGAAGAUGAAGGUGGAAGCAAGAAGCAACGGAAGAUUUCAAGUGUUCUUAAAAUGGAGAGUUUUGGGUCAUCACGAGAGGGGAAAAAGUCCAAAACAGGGAGAGAAUCCGAAGAUACUGAUUACACAGGAGAAGAACGAGCAUCUGGUGAAGACUCUAGUAGAGAAAUGACAGUCACCACACGUCGGCAAGCCCUUCAUUCUGGCAGAGACAUCUCCACCGAUUCCACAGCAAGUGUAGUUGAGUUUCCCCAUGGCUUACCUCCUGCUCCACCUAGAAAGCAAAAAGAUAAACUCUCUGAGGUAGAGCAUCAACUUAAAAAGGCAGAGGCCACUCAACGACGAAAAUUGCAGGCUGCCAAGGCAGCUCGGGAGUCUGAGGCUGAGGCUAUUAGGAAAAUAUUGGGCCAGGAUUCCAGCAGAAAGAAGCGAGAAAAUAAAAUGAAGCAGAGGCAAAAGGAGUUGGCCCAGGAGAGGAUUUCAAAUGCUGCCACACUUGCAUCAAACACUGUUAGAUGGGUGAUUGGUCCCACUCAAACAGUUGUGACAUUUUCUGAUGAUAUCGGGUUGCCAAACAUUUUUGAAUCCAAGCCUUGCAGUUACCCUCCUCCACGCGAGAAAUGUGCAGGUCCAUCUUGUUCAGAACCAUUCAAGUACAGAGAUUCGAGGUCGAAACUUCCAUUGUGCAGCCUGCAAUGCUACAAUGCAGUACAAGAGAAAUUGCAGGCUAGAGAUGUUUGUUGAUUCCUGUUCCUAUUGUUAAUAAUAAGAGCCAGAGGUGAUGAUAGUUUUGAUGUGAAAUCCUUUGCUGCAUUUUCUGUAUCAUCAGCUAGUUUAUUACCAUUGCAAAUGAGACUAGUGUUGUUCAUAUUACUUGGGACUUGUAAGAAAUAAUGGCUUUUAGUACUCCAAAUUGAUUGCCUACUUUAGUUUAUGAUCU